UGAUACUUGAUAUUCAUUCAGUCAGCUUUAAUACAUCGUAGAGUUUGGAGUGAAAUUUUCUUCGAAUAUUUUGGCACAACUUUUGAUCACUUUUUAUAUUUUAAAGUAGAAGACGUUAAAGAAAGACAUCAAAAAUGGUGAACUAUCAUAAAGUAGAUACGAAAACUGUUCAAGAAUUGCGUGACAUUGCUCAACGUUUGCGUAUUCACUCAAUUACAUCGACUCAAGCAUCAAAAUCUGGACAUCCAACAUCAUGUGCUUCAAUCGCUGAAAUAAUGUCGGUGUUGUUUUUCAACACAAUGCGUUACAAGCUGUCAGAGCCACGUGAUCCAUCAUCGGACCGUUUGAUUUUGUCGAAAGGACAUGCUUGCCCCAUUUUGUAUGCCGCUUGGGCAGAGGCUGGUUUGUUCCCAAUUGAAGACUUGAACAAUUUGCGUAAAUUCGAUUCGGAUUUGGAGGGUCAUCCAACUCCACGACUCAACUUCAUUGAUGUCGGUACCGGAUCAUUAGGCCAAGGAGUUGCGGUUGCUGCUGGUAUGGCAUACAUUGGUAAAUAUAUGGACAAAGCCUCUUAUCGUACUUACGCUAUUGUUGGUGAUGGUGAAUCGGCUGAAGGUUCAAUCUGGGAAUCUUUACAUUUCGCCAGUCACUAUAACUUGGACAAUUUGUGCGUUAUUUUUGAUGUAAACCGUUUGGGUCAAUCAGAAGCAACCUCAUUGCAACACAAUCUUGAAGUUUACCGCAAACGUUUGGAUGCAUUCGGUUUUAAUGCUAUCGUUGUCGAUGGGCAUGAUGUUGAAGAGUUAUGCAAAGCCUUCCAUGAAGCAAGCGUUACUAAAGACAAACCAACAGCUAUCAUUGCCAAAACAUUCAAAGGAAAAUUCUUCCCCGAAAUCGAAGACGCUGACAACUGGCACGGCAAACCAUUGGGUGACAAAGCUGAUGCUGUCGUCAAAAACUUGAACGGUUUAAUCCACAACAAAGGUCAACUCCAAAUUGCACCACCAAAACCAGUUGAAGAUGCAGUUAAAGUGCACAUUGCAAACAUUCGUUUGGCCACACCGCCAGAAUAUAAAUUGGGCGAACAAGUUGCCACUCGUUUUGCUUAUGGAACAGCUCUAGCUAAAAUUGCUGCCAACAAUGGUCGUGUCAUUGCUCUCGAUGGAGACACCAAGAACUCAACUUACUCCGACAAAUUGAAGAAGGCAUUCCCAGACCGUUACAUCGAAUGCUUCAUUGCUGAACAGAAUUUGUGCGGUGUUGCAAUUGGUGCUGCUUGCCGUAGCCGUACCGUUGCAUUCGUUUCAACCUUUGCCACAUUCUUCACUCGGGCAUUCGAUCAAAUCCGUAUGGGUGCCAUCUCACAAACCAACGUUAACUUUGUCGGUUCACAUUGUGGUGUCAGCAUUGGUGAAGAUGGUCCAAGUCAGAUGGCUUUGGAAGAUUUGGCUAUGUUCCGUUCAAUCCCAGGCAGUACUGUUUUCUAUCCAUCAGACGCUGUGAGCUGUGAGCGUGCCGUUGAAUUGGCCGCCAACACACAAGGUGUCUGUUUCAUUCGUACUUCACGUCCAAACACAGCUGUUAUCUAUUCAAACACCCAGAAAUUCGAAGUUGGCAAGGCCCAUGUUGUUCGUCAAUCAGACAAGGACACAGUUUUGUUGCUCGGAGCCGGUAUUACUUUGUACGAAGCCCUUGCUGCUGCCGCUGAAUUGGAAAAGGUUGGCGUUCAUGCUCGUGUUAUUGAUCCAUUCACAAUCAAACCAUUGGACCAAGCCACUGUUGUUGCAAAUGCUAAAGCUGUUGGUGGACGCAUCGUCGUUGUGGAAGAUCACUACAAAGAAGGCGGUUUGGGUGAGGCUGUUAUGCAUGCCGUUGCUGAAGAGCCACGUGUCAUUGUCAAACAUUUGGCCGUACCAAAUGUACCACGCUCAGGACCACCAAAUGUCCUCAUCGAUGCAUUCGGACUUUCAGCUCGCCAUAUCGUUAAAGCCGUUGAUGAUGUCUUGAAAAUUCAGGUCUAAAAAUCUUUGAGAGAGACAAAUGUUUAAUUAUAUCAUAUUUUUGAGAAAUAUUUUUUUAUACGAAUAUGGUUUUUCACCAAGUUAAAAUCUUUCAUGUUUUCAAAAUCUAUUCUAUAAAUGUUUGUAUUAAAUUUUGAACUGUUGCCACAUCAUUGAUUAUACGCAAACGAGAAAUACUUAAUAAAAACAUCCGAAAGACGUUA